GCCUAUUUAUAUUGCCAAUUUGUCCAUCAAAUGGACGCACUCCCUCCCAAAAAUACCAGAAAACGCAACGAAUUAAUAAUAUCUCAAAAACGCCACACAGAAAGCAGAUUCAAAGAUGCAUAAUAAAGAGAAAUGUGAAUACACCUGCCCCAGUUUCAACAGCUAUUGUUCAGAUAAAUUACCAGAAAUCGCAGCUAAAAUCUCCGAAGAAGUUAUUAGUAAUCGUGGAUGUAAUAGUUGUGAUGAAGAAGAAGAUGAGCGCGGUAGUGGAGUCGAGUUCGAAUUUUCUGCCGCGGAAGAGUUCUUCAACGGUCCCGCGUUUCCCGUUUUCAACCGCCGCGAUUUUCCGAUAAACGGUGAGCUUCUUCCAGAUCAUGGCCAUUCGGACGAAGAUGCCGAUGAAUCGAUUUGCAUCGCGUUGAACGAGUGGUCCAUAGAUGACGAUAAGAAAUAUCGUCGCAAUUCGAAGUCGUCGUCAUCAUCGGAAGCCUGCGAUGAACUGGAGGGAUCAAAAUUAAACGAAACAACGACGUCGCAGGGCAGUGGCUAUAGGAAGAUCAGUUCCACGGGAUCUAUAAUGUCGUUCAGGCGAUGGAAGAUCCGAAAUCUGCUGCGCCGGAGUAACAGUGAAAGGAAGGACGGUUUUGUACUUUUCAGUUCAAAAGUUGGAGGGAAAUCUGAGGGAAAGGAACCAGGAAAAGCUUUAUCCAAAGUCACCGGAAACACGAAGGCAAAAAGAAAAGUUGCAGGCGGAGGUAAGGCGAUGCCGCCGUCGUGGAUGGCCGCUCACGAGUUGUAUUACAUGCGGGCCAAUGAUAGAGCGAAAAGGAGAUCGUAUUUGCCGUAUAAACGAGAACUGGUAGGCUUCUUCGCCAGCGUCAACCGUUUGGGCAGGAUUUGAGGAGUCUCUUAUUGCUUCUACUCUAAAAAUAUUUUUAUUGAAACAUGUUUAAUACGGAGUACUAAAAAUUGUACUAUUUGAUUAAAGAAAAGUAAAAUAUACAGUAAUAUUGGGUAGACUGUCAUGUUUUAUUCCUUAAUUAAAUGAGAGUUAUUACUCCAAUUUUUGACGGUAUCAAAUUUCAAACUAUUUUUCAAAUUUGAGAUAGGAAGAUAAAUCGACCAUAGUUACAUACUCAGUUACGUGAUUAGUUUGAAUGAAAGAUAAAUCUUUAUGAAAGAUCCAAAGCCAAAUGUGAAAUGCCCACAACAUUAUAGAAUACGAUAAAUUGAUAAACACUUGGAUUGAUUUACCAUGAUGUAGAAAUCGACCAUAUGUAUCAAGCGAACUUCAACUCUGGCA